AUGGGUCAGUGGUUCAGUGGACAACAUCAUAUUGAUUCACCGGACAUUGAUGCACAUCAACAGUCGGAUUGUGAUCAAUCCAAUGAUCAGGCGAAUCAAACCCCAGAUCAAUCGUCAUCUCCUUAUCGCGUUCUCUUCACUGAUCCAAGAUCACCGACAUCCGGCAUUCAGCGUACUCCGAUUUUCGUCAAAAGCACCCCAAAACAUACGCAAGAUUCAGAAUUCGAAACACCUCGAACGACGGCGCCAUCGACAAUCAGCGAUUCAGAAUUCAAGACGCCUCGAUCAACGGUGCCAUCAUCAGUGGACGAUUCAGAAUUCAAGACGCCGCGAACACAGAAAUGCAAAUAA